UUUUGAAACUAAGAACUUGGAACCUUAUACAGAGGAAAGGUUCGAAUUUCAAGUAAUAGAGGGUAAACAAAUAUGUAAAUAAUAGACAAUACACAACUCUACACAAAAACAAACGAGAUGAAAAGAUAACCUUAGAUAGAGAAAAAGAAUAAAAGAUAGAUAGGGAUUAGUAAAAGGUCACACCAUGUCUAUGCAACGAAAGAAAUACUUUCCUAAAUUAAGUCGGUUACGUAAAGACCUGUGGGCUUGGCAUUCGGACGUCGAGUCUUUGAUGCAAGAUCUAGAUGCGCCAAAGAAGAAUGCACUUGUCAAGGAGGAAAGACCGGAAGACAAGAUGAAUUCAAAAUGUUUCGAAAUGAUUCAUAAGCUGUGUAAAUUCUCGGAACUAUCAACAAGCGAAAUUAUAGAGCUUCUGAAAGACAUAGAUAUACCUCGACCGAUCAGCAGAUUCGCCAGUAGUGGCCAAUUAACUACAAGGAGAGUUUCUAGGUCACCGGCGAAAUCGCCAUCUAGAGUCGGGGCAAGAUCUGUUUCACAAGAAAGCCGAAAACCUAUUCCUCAAAAAGCUAAGCCGAGAGGUAGAAGUCCCAUACGCAAAUCGGUGCCGAAAUGUUUAAAUGCAACAUGGACACAAUCGGAAUCGUCUUCACUUGAAGAUCAGUGCAUAAAACAGUUAACCUUUGAUGAAGAAGAUGAAGUCUAUAGAAAGACUAGUAAAGGAAAAAAGAAAGGCUCGCCAGUAACUGAUAGAAAUACAAAAAAAGUUAUAAAAGAUUUAGAAGAACAGAUAAUUGAAUUGGAAAAAGAAAAUAACCAUCUUACAGAAGAUGUAGGGAGAUUAGAAAAAGAAGUUCAGUGGUAUAAAGAUAACAGAGAUUACUGGUUCAAAUAUUGUAAGGACAAUGAAAGAAGUGGAAAACAAAUUACCAGACCUAACAACAAAAAGGGAGAGUAUGAUCAGCUACGUAAACAGUAUGAACAUCUACAAGGCGUGUAUGAAAACAUAUGCCACGCAAUGAACAAAGGAACCGGAAGUCAGUAUCUGGACCAAAUAGAGUCUGAUGCAGCCAGAUACCGAGCAGAGCGGAAUGAUGCACGAUUGCACGUUAAAGAAAUGUCUGAUAAAUUAAACUGGUACAAAAGUGAACCGCAAAAUGCCAGCUCAGAAUAUGGAUAUACAGGAAAAAGAACUAAGCCACGUUACGGGAAAAAGUACUAUUAGGUGACUAUUAAAGUUACAGUCAAACAAAGGAACUACAUGUAGUGCGUGCUCAUGAUCAUAGAAGUUGUAUGCAUAAUACAUUGUAGAAACAUAAAGAGACAUAUAUCAAGAAAUAAAGUACCAUUUACAAAAUGUUUUGCAUAAUGUAUAUUUUGAUACGUAUAAGAAAGUAACAUUUGAAGUCAGAUUGUAAGUCAAGUCUUUGCAUAGAAUAAACACGUUUUUGCAAUAGUA